CAGCAGCAGGGACAGGCAGGGACGUCUCGGGCUCAGCGCUCAGCCGAGCGAGAGGACCGGAGAGCCAUGCUCGCGGCGGUGGGCUCCCUGGCGGCCACCCUCUGGGCAGUGCUUCAUCUCCGCACCCUCCUGCUGGGUGCCGUCGCCUUUCUGUUCUUUGCUGAUUUCCUCAAAAGACGGCGCCCAAAGAACUACCCGCCGGGCCCCGUACCUCUGCCCUUCGUGGGCAACUUCUUCCAUCUGGACUUCGAGCAGUCGCACCUGAAGCUGCAGCGGUUUGUAAAGAAAUAUGGAAACGUUUUUAGUGUGCAGCUCGGUGACAUGCCUUUAGUUGUUGUAACCGGAUUGCCCUUGAUCAAAGAAGUUCUUGUGGACCAGAACCAAAUCUUUGUGAACCGCCCUAUCACACCUAUCCGUGAACGUGUCUUUAAGAACAGUGGAUUGAUCAUGUCUAGUGGCCAAACAUGGAAGGAACAGAGAAGGUUCACCCUGGCAACACUAAAGAACUUUGGUCUAGGAAGGAAGAGCAUAGAGGAACGCAUUCAGGAAGAAGCUCAUCAUCUCAUCCAGGCGAUAGAAGAGGAGAAUGGACAGCCUUUCAACCCUCACUUCAAGAUCAACAAUGCAGUUUCCAAUAUCAUUUGCUCUAUCACCUUUGGAAAGCGCUUUGAGUACCAGGAUGAACAGUUUCAGGAAUUGCUGAGGUUGCUGGAUGAGGUCACAUGUCUGGAGACAUCAAUGAGGUGCCAGCUCUACAAUAUCUUUCCAUGGAUUUUUAAAUUUCUCCCUGGACCCCAUCAAAAACUCUUUAACGACUGGGAGAAACUGAAAUUGUUCAUUGCUCAUAUGACUGAAAACCACAGGAGAGACUGGAAUCCUGCUGAACCAAGAGAUUUUAUUGACGCUUACCUCAAGGAAAUGGAAAAGAAUAGGGGCAAUGCUACUUCAAGUUUCCAUGAAGAAAACCUCAUCUACAGCACCCUGGACCUCUUCUUUGCUGGAACUGAGACAACAUCUACAACCCUGCGCUGGGGUCUGCUUUACUUGGCCCUCAACCCAGAAAUCCAAGAAAAAGUCCAAGCGGAGAUCGACAGGGUGAUUGGCCAGUCACAACUGCCAGGUUUAGCUGUUCGAGAGUCCAUGCCCUAUACCAAUGCCUUCAUCCAUGAGGUGCAGAGAAUGGGAAACAUCGUCCCCCUGAAUGUGCCCAGGGAAGUGACAGGUGACACCACCCUGGCUGGAUACUACCUGCCCAAGGGGACCGUGAUCGUGACCAACCUGACUGCACUGCACAGAGACCCUGCAGAAUGGGCCACCCCUGACACGUUCAACCCGGAGCAUUUUCUGGAGAAUGGACAGUUUAAGAAAAGGGAAGCCUUUAUGCCUUUCUCAAUAGGAAAGCGGGUAUGCAUUGGAGAACAGUUGGCCAGGUCUGAGCUGUUUAUUUUCUUCACUUCCCUUGUGCAAAGAUUUACCUUCAGGCCCCCAGACAAUGAGAAGCUGAGCCUCAAGUUCAGAACGGGACUCACCAUCUCCCCAGUCAGCCACCGACUCCGUGCAAUCCCUCGGUCCUGAAGGAGAGGGUGAGGGAGGGAGAGGAGUAAGGAGAGCAAGAAGAAUUGGUGUGUCCUCUGAGAAUACGGGAAUGGAAAGUGACUCUGAGGGAUGAGGAUAGGAAUUAGAGGAAGCAUGAUCGAAGUUCCAGCCUUGCUGUCUCCUCUCACGGAGCUUUGAGCAGAUCUUUUAUGUUGUGAAUGAUCCUCAUCUAUGAGAUGAAAAGCAGAUGAUGAUUCCUCCACUAAAGGAAGAACUGUCAGAAUCAAAGGGAAUGAUGGACUUUGAAUGGUUUGGGAAAUCAUAUCACUUAUAAAAAUUAUAGCUGAAAUCUGCCUCUUUCCCAUUUGCUUUUUUAGAAAUGGAUUUCCUUCUAACUUGUGGAGGUACCUCAGGUGAAAGUGGUGCCAAACGGUUGCUAAGAGUAAAAACCUGGACCCUGGGGCAGCCAGAGGCUGACCACUAAUGCUCUGACACUUGUGCAAGCUUUAUCUUGCUCCAGCAUCAGAAUGGCCCUCUGGGAAGUCAGGAGGGUAGCUCUUACUCCCUAUUUAUAGGCAGGUAUCUAUGAAGAAGCAGUUUCUGUGACUUACCUAAGGAAAUACUACUGUGGCUUUGGAAUCAGGACCAAGCAGAGUGUGACCACUAUCAACUAAACCUGGGGAACAGGUUUGGGAAAAAAUGUGGAAUUAUCUUCUGUCCUAAGGGUACUUCUUUGCCUUAACUCCACCAUCAUGCAUUCUGAUUAUUCUUAAGCUGUUCACAUUGGGUUUAACUAUAGGGUGGGUGUGAACUUCUCAUGCAAAUAGAUGGUCAGCUUUUGAAUGGUGUUACCAGCUGAAACUCAACUGAGCCCUGGUACGGUCUUUUAUAGUAGAGAACCAGCAAUGCCAGGAUCCUGCUCAAUACCUCUGCAUGUAGUUGCCGAGGGGAGACAAUGGCCGGAAAAUUGAAGGCCACGUAACAUUGAUGGUCCACAGAGUUUUUUUUUUUUGACACCAACCCCAAAUUCAAGCAAACACAAAAACACUUGCUAAACUGGACUUAAACAAGCCCAUGUGACCCUAAUGGAUGAUGAGAAACACAUGGCCCAGUCAUCGCUGUUGCAUCCCUAGCUGACAGCUGGCCUACCAUCAGAACUGUGCAAAGACCAUCUGAGAUGAACUGGACCCAAGCAUCUCUAGCUGCUGAAUCCAGAUGCAUUGAGUGAUCAGCUGAGAUGAGAACUGCCCAACUGAAUCCAGCCGAAACUGCCAACCUUAGAUUUAUGAGUUAAAUGGUUAUUGUUUUAAGCCACUGUUUUCAGGUGCGUUGUUAGACAACAAUAGUUAGCUAACACAUUCCUUGAGGGCAGAAAUAGUACCUGUCUUGUUCAAGAACAGUCCCUGGAACAUGACUGGGCUCAAAAAAUCAUGAAUUAAUGAAUAAAAUAAGGUAGAAGAAUUA